AUGGACGACCCCGAAGCAAAUGCUACAGAGACUCUUUGGUGGGACAGCGAAUCUCUAGAUCCUGAGACAGCAGACUCAGCAGCAACAGAAGCAGCAGCAGGGACAAAUGCAGCAGCAGCAGCAGCAGCUGUUGCUGCUGCAGCUGUUGCAGCAGACCCUUUCGAUGUUGGCUGCGAGGAGCUGCUGCGCCGAUCGAGACGCAAGGAAAUUGCUUCUCCAAGAAAUGUGUCUGCUGCAGCAGCAGCAAGCUGCUUCCCCCAGGCAGCAACUCAAGAGCGCAGCAGCAGCAGAAGCAACAGCAGCAACAGCAGCAGCUGCAGCAGUAACACCGUAGCGCAGCAUAACCGACCCAGCAACGGCCUGCAGCUACACCCCACGCAACAGCAACAGCAACAGCAACAGCAGCAGCAGCAGCAGCAACAGCAGCAGCAGCAGCAAGAGAAUUUGUCUCAGCGCCGUGGCGUGAUAAUGUCGCUCAGCGGCAUCCCUACAGCAGCAGCAGCUUCUAAAGUGCAGCAGCAGCAGCAGCAGCAGCAGCAGAGUUCGAAGCAGCGCUCAAGAGCGUGGUUUCAGCUUACCCCGAGAGGGACGCUUGCUGCCAGUAGCCGUGCUGCUGCGUCUGCUGCUCAAGCAGCAGCAACGCAUGCAGCAGCAGCAACAGCAGCAGCAACAGCAGUAGCAGCUGCUGCUGCAGCAGGGAGGCCUAAGCCUCUAAACACCAUAAAGCAGAGCGGGGUCCCUCCCGCUUCGCUGAAUCUACUAGAUUUCGGAGGCAGCUGUUCUGCUGCUGCUGCUGCUGCUGCUGCAGCAGCAGCAGUGCACACAAAGAGAGGCAGCAGGGUGCUGCUGUCUAGACACUCGGAAGCAGCAGCAGCAGCAGUUGCUGCAGCAGCACGCCUCAAACUCGGCCCCACAGAAGGCGUCUCCAAGUGGGAGUCGAUCCCAGACGAUGCCCUUUACGCUCCCAGGCCAAAAUGCAGAGGCAAGCAGCAGCAGCAGCAGCAGCAGCAGCAACAGCAGCAGCAGCAACAGCAGCAACAGCAUGAUUAG